GGCCCGGCUCCUCCCGCCGCGGCUGCUCGGUGCAAGGAGGUUGGGGAAGAGGAGGAGGAGGAGGGGGGGGAUCCGGCCGCGCCGAGCCCGGGCUGGCGGCUCCGCGCAGCUCGCCGCCGGGACGCCCCCUCCUCGUCCCCGCCGGAGCUCGGCAGCCCAUCUGCGGGCUGGGGUGUUGCUGCUGUCCAGCCCAGUAAGCGAUUUGGAGGCCCUCUCAGGCAGCUCACCACUUCCAAAAGUUCUUGUAGCAUCAAAGGCAAAGGAGGCAGCUAUCCCUCUGCAUCUGGAAAUGCCUUUCUCGUGAGUGUGCAAGGAACCUACACAACUGUAAUGUCUAACACUACAUGGGAUAACAACUGUGUGAAGGUUAAUCCACUGUAAUUGGCUGUGAAAUAAACCCAGGGGGAUUUUCCUGUCUGUGUGUGAUGCACAGCCUCUUUGCCGUCUACUUGGCAACUGUACCUUCAGGCUGCGCCCAGCUCUGCGAAACUAAGCAGGCGACUGAAGCACCGCCUGCGAAGGAUCGGAAAUGCUGUGGUAGUUAAAAGGCAUUCCUAGGUGGGAGAGACACGGUGAGGCUCUGUGCGGGGCAAGGAGCGCUGAGGAGGGAGCCUUGCAUGUGAACCAGGAUGGACUGGCUGUGACGGCGUGCCUUAGCUGGAGAGGUAGUUACGAUGAAGAGUUCCUGCAGAGCUGGCCUCCACAGGGAACCGCUGAAUUCCUCCUCUUCCACCUUCCAUCAAGUCAAACGGGUUUCUGGAAUGCACUUAAAGCCAUAUCUCAAGUUACAGAAGAAAGAGCGAUCUCCAGAAAUAAGCCAGGAUUCCCUGAGAGGCCCACCUGUGAGCCGUCAGAGAGCAGCACACGAAGAAAAAUACAGCAACAACUGCCCCAAACUGAGCGUUUUCCCCAAACCCUCCCUCGUGGCUCCAUCUCGGAAGUUUCUGGGAAUUUUUUAUCCAAAUAAUAUGUGCAAUAUGAGCGGGAAGUGUCCAGGGGAUGGCCCGAGCGCCAGGGAGAAGAAGAACGCCCUGUCUGCGACCAUCCACCAGGGGGAAGAAGGGGAAGGGCCUCUGGAUGUCUGGGCCGUGGUGAAGCCUGGCAACACGAAGGAGAAGAUCGCCUUCUUCGCGGCCCAGCAGUGCAGCGGCAACAACCGCCUGGGCUCCAUGAAAAUCAAGAGCACGUGGGAUAUCGACGGGAGGACGGCCAAACGACGGAAAAAAUCGGUGGAUCUGAAAAAGGCCAAGAUCCAGCUGGAACGCAUGAGGGAGGCGAACGCCCGGUGCGCUCAGCCGGAGCCGUUCGCCUGUGGCAUCGAGCACUGCUCCGUGCACUACGCCAACGACAACGGCGAGGCCGUCUUCCCGGGCCGCUCGCUGUCCGUGAUAGAGAUGGUCGCCUUCCUGGAGCAACGCGCGAGCGCUCUGCUGGUGGACUGCGUGAAAACUUGCGCCCCGGCUUCUGCCUCGAGGCCGAGCGCUCAGCCCAAGGGAGCGCUCCCCAGCUCGGACCCUUUCCCCGCCGCCGGGGCGUGCGAGGUACACGAGAGGGGAACUUGCGGCGAGCAGCAGCAGGCCGAGCCGGUGCGCGUGCUGGACAUGGUGGCCAGGCUGGAGUCGGAGUGCCUGCGGCGCCAGAGCGAGCGGGAGGCCGGCGGCUUGUCCCGCAACAACAGCUUCCGCAGGAACGUGGGGCGGGUGCUCCUGGCCAGCGGCACGCAGCCCGGCGGCGAGGCCGGCAGAGCCGCCGCCUCCUCCUCCUCUUCCUCAGCCACCCUGGGCCGGGGCGAGGGGCUGGGAGGCACGGGGGUGGCUGAGGCUGGGUGCGGAGGUCGGUGCGAGGCCACGGAGCCGUUCCCUCCAGCGCUGGAGGCUCGUGUGGGGAGCGCGGGCUCAGGACUUGCUCAGGCCGUGGUGUUGGCGAUGACGGCGGGCAGGAGCGAUGCUGACAGGCGGGGGGAGGCUCCCCGGCCUCUGCCGGCCGCGGCCAGGGCACCUGCGGAUGCCUCGCAGAGCAAGAGCGCGAGUGCUGAAUGUCCGUCGAAGGAGGCUGUGAUUCUUCCAAAGCAGAGCCCGCAUCCUGCCAGGAAGGAGCCCUUGUGCAUCAGCAUAUCGGUCACCAAGACCGAGAAGGGGUGCAGGAAGGAGAAGCUCUCUCGCUCCGGUGAAGAUCCGCUCCCGGGGAGGCUGUUUUUCCUCCAGGCCGGCCAGCCUGCCGCUCACGAGCAGCAGCCGCUGCGGGAAGGCGCCCGAGAAAAGCCAGAAGUAGCCCAAAACGAGGAUGAGGAUGCUUUAGGGUCUGACAGAUCGUACGUCAAAAACCACGUCUCUCCAGAGCCGCCUGCCCUCUCUGAUCCCCCCCCGGAAGGCGCUUUGCAAGCCCUCGACGCCUCCUGCCUAAAGAGGCAGGUCUCGCAUGACUUUUUGGAGACCAGGUUUAAGAUCCAGCAGCUUCUGGAGCCUCAGCAGUACAUGGCCUUCCUGCCGCACCACAUCAUAGUGAAGAUCUUCGGGUUGCUUCCCACCCGGAGCCUGGUCGCCCUCAAAUGUACUUGCUACUACUUCAAAUUCAUCAUCGAGUACUACAACAUUCGGCCGGCGGACUCGCGCUGGGUCCGCGACCCCCGCUACAGAGAAGACCCUUGCAAGCAGUGCAAGAAGAAAUACGUCAAAGGGGACGUGUCCUUGUGCCGCUGGCACCCCAAACCAUACUGUCAAGCUUUACCUUACGGGCCUGGCUACUGGAUGUGCUGCCACAGGUCUCAGAAGGGCAUCCCGGGCUGUAAGCUGGGCCUUCACGACAAUCACUGGGUUCCUGCCUGCCACAGCUUUAACCGGGCUCUCCACAAGAAGCCCAGAGGCGCCGGAGCCGAAGGGGAAGAGGAAUGUUAGCGCACAUACACUUUCCUGUGAGAUUGUUUGGGGCAGGAGGAGAUUCUCAUGCCUUGUGCUGUUUACAGUGUACAUAAUUGUCGUGUUUUUUUUUCACAGGGCUAUGAAACUGCACAUCCUUAAACACAAGAGCCUUUACCUUUUAGACGAAAGAUAGCUUUUAGUCCAUCCGUGUAAAUAACGCUAUAAAAACUAAUUGUACAUACAGAGUCUACAGCUGGCUGAACAACCUACUCACUACAAUGCAGCUACGAUAGUGUUGCGGCUAUAGUUGUGUGUGUUUUUAAGUGUCUCGUUCCGAAAUCUGUAUAUCCUGUAUAAUAUAUGAGUGUGUCUGAGAGGGAACUCUAAAUAGGUAAAGGCCACCUUGUCUAAAGAACCUUCAAACAAUUUAACUGGACAACCUUAACCUUAGCCUAGAACAGAUCCAUUAUAGUAGCCUUGGCAGUGAAUAAAAAGAGAGGAAUAUUAUUGUAUAGUCAGAAUAUAAAAAGUUCUUGCCUACCUUACCCAUGUUGUCUGUUUUUUUUUUUGGUUUUCUUUUUUUUUUGAUUUUUUUUUUUUUUUUUACUUAAAUAAAA